GACUUGCAAUUCAAGAAGAUUUGUGAACAAAUUCAAUAAUUGGACUUGUGGUAAUGAUGAUAUUGACAAAAGUAUACAGUUAAUAGCAGAAAACCAUUAUGAGAAAUUAGAGUGUGAUACCUUAUGA